CGAAAAUCAGCGAAUAUCUUGAAAUGAUAUCAAUUUACCGCCGUCAUAUGGCUGGAAUAUUGCAGAGUGCGGCAUUAAACAACCAACCAACCAACCUAAUGAAAUCCCCAAAAGUAUGCCAGACAGGAGGGAGGACUGUGAUUCUAGGAUGCAGGGAUCAGGAUGCAGACAACAGGAGUAAGGGAGCAGCAACAUCUCAGUGUGCAGUUGGAAGUAGCUCCAGAUAGAACUGACAGGGAAGCUGUUUUCCCAGUUGACUACUUCACAGAGACAGUAGUAACAUCUGACGACUCAACAGUUAUUCCAGUAGUUCAUGACACGAUUGUAUCCACUGAAGACCCUUCUGUUGCCAUAGCAACAGAGUCCAAUGAACCAAUGGUUUCACCAGAUCCUGGUGUUGUGACCUCUGUGAGCCCUGCAGCUGUAUCAACUGGGGCUGUUGACAAGUAUGUGUCGACAGCUGCCUUGCCAUCCUCGGAUGCAUUGUCUGGUGGUGCUGAUGCAGUAGAGGGCAAGGUUGUUGAGGUCAAGGUCAUCCCGGUUGAGAUGCUAUAUGAUGGAACUCUAUGGUCGCAGUUUGAUUUCACCAAAUCUGGAGAUGAGGAGAUGUUUGUGAGCGAGAGCGAGGUGUCCCCACUAACUGUGUCAGAUGGAGUGUCUGACGUGGCUCGACAAGUGGAGGUGACCACAAAGUCGGACAGCAUGUGUCUGUCCAUCAGGGACAUCACCAAGAGGGAGAAAGAUCGGAUCAAGAAGAGGGAACUCCGGGCUAAUCCUGUGUUCAGGGAGAAAGAAAAAGUGAAAGCCAAGGAACGAAUGCAGAACCGUAGACAAGAUCCAAUAUACCGUGAACAGGAACGUCAGAGGGAUAGAGAAAGGCGACAGUUGGCCAGACGGAGAAACCUGCCCGUCAGAGAGAGAGAACGUGAGAGGGACAAAGAAUAUAAGAAAAACUUUCGUUAUGGACACAGAAUUCAGAAAUCAGAUGAAACAUCAUCAGACACUGAAAAAACAUUGGAUUCUCUCCCUUGUCAUGUUUAUAUGAACACUCAGUAUACAAGUGUACCAAGCUGAUACAGGGACAGGGAUUAGUGUGUGUGUGCUAGCACCCCAGUGCUCCAGCUAGACACAGCUUUACAGCUGCACAAGAGAUCUCACUUGCUUCAGCUGUUCCGACCAUUUGAUGGUCAGGUCUUUAGCCGUUAUGCAAUGCUGUGGUUCUAUGGUUUUUUUCUUCCAAUUUGAUGCCCAGGUCCGACACAGUGAAUACAAACUUGACAGCAACUUCAGUUUGGAUGUCCCAUCUUGAAAAGAGCUUCACUGUUGUGAUGCCUUGAUGAGAGGGGCUGAUAAAUAGAAGACUAGGUUUGAAAGAAUUUUCUUUAAAAUUGUUAAUUUUAUGAAAUCUUUAUAUUUAUUUGGAUGCAACCUGGGCCAAUAGAAGACCUUAGAAUUAGUGUUUGAAUUUCUGUGUGGACCUUUUGUUUACAUGCCACUUCAUGUUAGGGUUUGCAACAACAAGCAGAUUCUUCAUUAUGUACUCUUUUUAGUUUCGUCCAUCGUCAUUCCAUCAAACUGGAAAUCUCUUCUUCUCCAAAUCUUUUGAACAAAUGUCCUUUGCACACAACUUUCACACAACAUACUCCUAGCUGCAACAAAGUAAUCUUUUCAUUUUGCAAAAUUCAAAAUGACCGUAGCAACAGCUCAUUUCAGUGAGAGGAAAUAGUGGCAUACACAGCAACCUCUCAGAAACACCUGGACAUACAUAUCUUGUUUCAGUUAUUGCUACAGUGGAAUUUCAUUAUGGCUUAACAAUUGAAUGUAUUGCAGUAGGGUUGGCGAAUUGUCACACUAAACGUAUAACACGGACAGCUGUAUUGUGAUACAUAUUGCAAGGCGGACUGCAUAGAGGUUUUUUUUAUGGUACAUGUUGAAAUUUGCCUUCAUGUCAUUCAUACGGAAUUCUCUAUUGAUCAUGUUGAUCAUGUUGAUAACAAGAGCAUAUUAGAAUCUAUUGCGGGGGGCACAGGUGGCCCAGUCGUCUAAGGCGUCGCGAUUCGCUGCGCAGAGUUGCGUCCCUUGGGCACGCCAGAAACCUAUGAUUGUUGGUUCGAAUCCCGGUUCGCCCUAAUUAUUUUGCUAGGUUUGUCAGCACCAUACCCGUGCUCGUGGGUUUCACCGAAGUUGUAAACGUCUGAGACCUGCAUCACUUCGCGCUUUCCUCCCACAUUAAGCUGACACGCCGUGAUAUAACUGGAAUACUGUAAAAAGCGGCGUUAAACCCAGCUCACUCACUCACUAGAAUCUAUUGCGUAGUUCAAAUAAUGUGAUGAGACGAUCUUGUCUUGGUGUCAUUUUUUUAGGCCUGCCACGCCCAGGUCUCAUUGCAAGCCACCGGUUUGAUGGUGCUUGUCCCACUGUCAAGAAAUUACACUUUUCAAUUUGUCAAACAUUUUUGGGCAACUUUGGAUAUUGAAGUCCCUCUCCAACCCCAACCCCCUACAUCUAUCGUACCCACGAUUCGCCAUUUUGUCUUUGUUUGUAGAAAUACUGUCUCGGGGGCAUUUUUAAGCAUGUGCUUAGCUCAGUUACAUUAGUGAUUGUGAGUGCCCUCAUAGGUGCACACACUUUGACAUUUGUGUGCAUGUGCAUUGUGUUCAUGCAAGAUGAAUUUCAUUAUGAUUGGAUGUUGCAUUCAGAUGCAAUGCUAUUGUAAAUGUACACCUCAUUAUUAGCUACAUUCAAGUCAUUUGUUGCCUUAUUUUUGUUGGUAGUAUAUUGUCAUCCUCUGGUCUCUAGGGUAGGACUGUUUGUUUGUUGUUUAACGCCACACUCAGGAAUAUUCCAACUACUGUUAACAUUGUAUGAUGACAUUCUAUUAGCCAAGUCACUUUGCUUGAGCUUUGAUCCAUUAAAUUGCUUCUUAACCACAUAUUGUGGACCUAUUCUUACCAGGAAUCUCCACAGGGUGUAUUUUGAAAUGGUCUGUUGUAUGUUAAGGUAUUACAUGAGAUAAAUCACGAACCUUAAGGUGUCCGGAAACACAAGUCAGGGUAGUAAAUGUUUGCCAGGAAGGCAGUUUUCAGUACCUAUAAAUUGUGUAGGCAAUGUCUCUAAUUGCUUGCCACGCCAGCUAAUUUAGAUGCAGACUGGCCUCACAAAGAGUUAAUAUUUAUUUUCAAAUUGUUAAUGAACAUAUAUUCAUGAUACUAAAUGGCAUAAGCACUGCAGCAAGCUAUUCUUGCUAUUUCUGUCUGUAAUCUUUACAGUGUUAAGAUUAAGGCUUAAAAAAAUAAAAGAAUUGAUUCUCAGGCAACUUUUUAAAAUAAAGUCUAGGCAGGUGGUGGUUGUUUUUUUGGGGGGGCUUGUUCAAACUAGUAUGUAACCAAAUAAACAGUUUUGUACCUUAAACCUUGGAAAGGGCCUCCGGACAUAUACAAUCAUACAAACUCCUAUUGCCGCCAUGACCAUGACACAAGAUGUGUAAUAAAGCAUUGCGCUAUAAAAUGGAUCUAAAAAAAUUUUAAGUAUAAGAUUUUAUACUUUUUUGAAAAUGGAAAUAAAACAAAAUAUGUGGCUGACUUUUUGAUAAUGCGGGCGGUGCCUGAGAACCCAGAUUAUUUUUUUACCCUAAUCUAUAGCUUACUUGAACUUGACUGGUUUUUUUUAAUUAGUUACCCCUAGAGUAGUGCUUUGCCCACACUGUUCAAGUACAAGUCUAUUUGUUUUUGGCCAUUCAUGUUUGUGUGAUCAACGUGUUUUACGUCAGUGGUUAUUAUCUGUGGUUUUUGCUAUCAGUUAGAGAGUACAUACAUUGUACUGGAUACAGAGAUUGAAUUAUCUCCCUGUGUUUAUCAUAUGCAAAUAUUUGUUAUUUCAUCGUCACCAAGAAUGAAAAUGUGUCAUUGUGAAAGGAAUAAAACUUAUUCUCAGAUCAAGUGUUGAGUCAUCAAGAGCUAAUCAGCAGUCUGUGUCAAUCAAAAACUUUUGAAUCUACUGGCUCGGACACUCAUGUUUAGUAGAUUUUGAUUCAGAUAUAUGGUCUAUUAUUAGCUGAGCUUAAUAGACCAAACAUCAUUUUGCUCGACUCAGACUCUGGACUAGUGGUUAAAAAUAACAGUCUAAAUCAGUAAAAUAAUAAAGUCCAAUAUGUGGAAGCCUGACAAUUGUAACACAACAGAUGAUAAUGGUAUUAAUAAACUUUAUUCAGUGAUGUUUUGAUUUAACCAAUGAUAUGACAAACUGUCCAUAAAAAAAAUUUGAAAUGACCAAGUGACAAUUUUACACACAGAUGUAACACAAUUCAAUUAUUGAGUUAAGAAUUGAUUUCACUCUGAAAAAUGAAAAAAAAACUGUGAUAGUGACAUGUCAGUAACAUGCACUCGGAGUGAAGGCAAAACAUUUGACUGACAAAUAUUCCAUGGCUGAAAAACAAGCACAAACUCAUUUACAUAAUCAGGAGAUAUCGGUCUUGAUACCAAGAAUUGUAAUGCUGAAAAUAAUGCAGGAUGGAACAUGGAAGCUG